UUUUCAUCCAAAAUUGUUGCAAUUAUUCAGUUUCAACAAAUCAUAGAAAGAAAUCGUUUGUCAUUUUCCACCAAUCAUGUGCUGCCAUAUUGUUAUUUUUAGCCUUAUUUAGGUAUGACGCAAUGUACAUAUGUAAUUUCCCAUUGAGACGUCGGCUGAAUCGUACUGCAUCGAAAUUGCCUCGGGGAAAAGACAACUUCACAUCAGAAGAAGGAGAGCUUCCCUGACUUCUUUCCUCAGACGAAAUGCUCAAAAUUCACUAGCAGAUCAGAGGUAAGUAUGAAUGCAUGUGUUUUAUUGCGUGCUUUAUAAAUAUUUCACAGCAAUUUAUUGAUCAAUACAGUGUAAACUUUCGUAUUCAAAAGGUCAGAUAUUGGGCUUACUGAGCGUAUAAUAUUUAAGCUGCUUUUAUUUUAAAGUGUUAUAGAUUUUGAAGAUAAAUAAGUUAUUAAAGCUGGUAUUUUAUAGUUGAUUACAGUACUUUUACAACAUCGACAAGCAUAUAUAUUAAUGCGUUUCUAAUCAUUACAUGGAAUGCAUUAAUGCAUACGAGAAAUUUGGAAUUGUGUUUAGAAUUGAGCGUCGCUGCAUGUCUGUUUGACACGAGCUAGUAUUCCGCUUGCCGAAUGGCGGUCGAGAAUGUUUUGUAACAUUGUGUAAGCGUUUUCUAGUGGUUGCUUUCUGUCACAAGACUGUUGGUUCGAGAUAUAUUUAUAGUUUCGAUUGUCGCUGCAACAAUGAAAUAAUUGUAUACCAAAUAAAUAUAUGCGAUUUCCUUCUUUCACAAUACGUGUGCUCUACAAAGCUAAUAUUAGAAGUAAUAAGCAUUAAGCAAUGUCAAGCGCAUAAAGGCAAUUUGAACAAAAAUUUAUUUCAGUUGCAAAUUGUUUGGACUGCACGCAAAAGAAGCCCUGAGUAUAUGGCCACUUCAUCACUGUCUUCAUGAAUGAUGCAAUUAAAUUGACAGUCUUCUGAUCUAAUCUUCGGGACUGCAUACUGAUAUAUAGUUCGUCUAUAAUGCCUGGUUCUCUGAUCACAUUAGGAAUUUUGCAUAUAGGUAAAUUCCAAGUUUUGAAGGAUUUGUAAGAAAUGUUUGAGGGAAUUGACUCGGUGUUUUAUACAUAACUCGUAAGUCAGUUUGCUCAAAUAUUGCUUGCUAAUCCUUCGAAACUUACAAUUUACGUAUAUAUGCAAAAUUCCUACUGUGUAAUUCACAGUGUAUUAUUAAACCAGCCCGACAACAAACAGAUCAUCUGUCUAAUCAGAGGAACGCAUGUACGUGCUUGCGUAGUUUGUCUUAACGGAUGUUGUGUAAUUAAAUACGGCAUUUAAUAGACGAAUUAUAGGAAAUGAUUGACUUCCGCGGCAGAAUCACGCUAUUCUAGCUCUUGUUCAAUCGGGAUACUUGUCUUGUGAUAAUACUAUAUAUGAAGACAUGUUCGUCCGUCAGGCAAAUAAAGAGCAUUGUGAAAUAGCAAGAAUUGCAAACGUAGGCGUUUGUAAGAAAAUACGGGCUAUGUUGGGAUUUGAACAGUCUGUGUGAGUGUAGAUACUGUCAAUAAUAAGAAAGCCGCCUCAGUUUGAUAUAAGGCUGCAUGCAGUUCUUGUAUUGUUCAAGUAGUUGCACCUUCAUCAAUCUGAAACUUUCUUAUGUUGGGAUUAGCAUAGUUAGCUGAUCUCCUCGUGUAAAAUUUAUUAUUUAUCAUUAUAAAACUCUAUUUUCAUAUUUCAGUGCUAAAAAUGACCACACCCAGAAACAACAGAAUUGAUUCCUCAGGAGAAUGCUGUUCAGACUUUUCUGACGAAUGUUCCAGCGAUGAUGAUUCUCAUGUCGAGAUUCAACCAUGGACGACAAUACAACAUCAACGUAGUGAACCAUUCGUCCUUACUGGCAAUGGUAGUCUUCUCUUGGACUUAAGUGGCCAUAUUUCCACAGUGUGGAAAGACGUCGGUCGAAAACUCGAAAUAAAGGAAAGCAUUAUUGAGAAUAUAGAUAUAGAACAUGGAAGCGAAAGCAACAGAGAGAAAGCGUAUCAACUGUUGUUGACGUGGACCAGGCAACUUGGUAGCGAAGCAACGCUACAUGAAUUGUUAAAUGCUCUCGCAUAUAUUGGUAGAGAUGAUCUUGCAAAAGCAAUUGCAGUCUCUAACCGACAACAGGUUAGUUGUGAUAUUUCUGGUAGGCAGUAUUCAACAAUGAGCCACUCUGGUAUGUGUGGGAACUACAGAUGAAAAACGUGUCACAAUAUAGAUGGUUAAAUUUGCAUCUCAAGAUCGCUACAACACUGCUACAUCCUCAUAUGCAUAUGGGAAGAAUGCUUCUAGUUUGAUUAAAUACCGCAUAUUUUCUCUGUAUGCGGUUUCUUCCUGUAGUAAUACCGAAGCAAUAUAAGGAACUCUAGGAAGAACAGUUUAGAAAUAAUAGCCACCUUCCAGCUAUUCAACGGUUAUAAAAAAUUAUUAUUUUAAUAUCGUUUCAUUAUACAGCGAUCCUCAGUGGGCAGUGGACGUGCUAUAAAGCUGGAAAUGAAAAGUCACGCGAAACUACAGAAGCAGGUUUUGAGAAAACUAAAACAAGCUUUGCAUUUCUACCAACAACGUCUCAGAGAAGUCGAAGACCUUCAACACCGAGAUUUUGAUGAGAAAGAAACACGGGAGAUGAAAGAAAAAUUGCAAGAAUUGGAUAAAAAUAUAAUCCAAAGAAAAUUGGAUUCGCUUCAAAGGCAAAUAUCAAUAUGCAGCGAAUGUCAGAGGUAUUCCGAGUUAGAUCAACAAUUGAAAAUUGUUGCGGAUAACUUGUUCGAGCUGGAUAAAACGUUUAACAAGUUUAAUGAUACACUUGAUGAUCUACGCGUUUCUUAUUACUCGAAAGUCGAGGUUAGUUGGCAUGAAGUUUUUUUCUCUCAAACGUGUGGGCGGUUAGCCUAUGGCUAUGUCAUACCUACUAGAGGUUGACGUAUAUAGGCUAGUGGGGGUAUAGGUAUUAUUCUACAAUAAACUGCAUUGGUUUGUGUCUGAACUACCUGAAAAGAUUAUCUCAAACGUGGUGAUACAUUGUAGGUAGUAUUCUACAGUAAGGUGCCGUGGUUUUUGUCUGAGCUAGCUGAAAAUAUAUAAAACAGUUGAACGUUUCUAUAGUGAUAGUGCUUCACCGGAAAAUUACUGAACGUCUUUAUUCUUCAAUGUAAAACGGACACACUUGAGUAAUUGAAUUGAUCAUGAGUAGGUAGCUAGUAUCGUCAGUACUCAACGUCAUUUCAAUUCCUUUUUCCUGUUGGCAAAUAUCCUAAAAAAUGGUUUGUUUCGUAAGAAUCAAUAUUUGAUAGUAUUACAGUUGCAAGCAAAUUGUUACACGUUUCAUACAAAUAUACAACCAUAUAAUGAAAUAUUGGCAAUGGCCAGAUUUAUAGUCCUAAGUUAAUUAUAUUUUAAAUUUCAAUUUAUAUGUAAAUUCUUAUAUUAGGGAAUAUUCAUAAAGGGUUAACCUCUCAAUUUCUUUCAGGAUAUAAUUUCUCAUAUCUUGAGAUGUAAAUGAUAUGGUAUAUGCAUGGAAUAUUUAAUAUAUUUCUUUUUUUGUAGUGUGCUUUUCGUAGCUUGUGUUAUUUUCGAUACGUCAAAUAUCCAAGUACAAGCUCAAGUGGGAAACACACCAGAACGUCAAGUAAAGGAGACGAGGUAUUCCUUAUUUCUUCCGGCUUCAAAUAAUACUAAUAAAUAAAUAAAGACUUUGGUUUACACUGUUAAAAAUCGCGUCACUUCAGCAAUGCUGCUGGUAUUAACAGGAGAACAAUUAUCAACGCUACACUUAUUUUAUUUAUGUACAAAUACGAGACUUAUUGUCAAGUUCUAAAAGACGUGUAUAAACAAUACUUUUAAAUUUUGAGAAUGAUAUCAUUUCUCUAAUGUUUAAUGGUAAAGAGUUCCAGUCUUUUGCACCAGCAUAUACUUGAAUGUUCAUUGAUUAAGGACCAAGCAGCGUCUUAUCCCUCAGGUGUCUGUUUUCAAAUGUCAAAUGUAUUCAGGAGUUUGCGUGACUAUAAUUUCGUUUUGAUAGUUUGUGGUAUGCAACCAAACCACAGUCGCCAUCACACAAGUGAGAUAAGCACAAGAAUAAGAAAAAUCAAAAGAAAAAAAUGCAUUGAAGUAUGCGACAUGACGUUUGACAUGACCGCAAGCGAAGCCUCAUAAGCAUAUAAGCUAAGGGAAACAAAAGACAUUUUAAAAUAAAAUUCUGUCCGGUUUUGAAGGAAUUCUUACUUAUGUUUAUUUCACACUGGAAAAAAUAGUACGUGAAAUUCAUAUACUAUGCCUAUGGAAUUACGAUUGCACCACUAUAUCCAUAGUAUAUCCACAGAAUUUCCAUACUAUUUCCAUAAUAAGGAUUUUGAAGAAAAAUUCCAGUGUCACUUGAUUGAACCAUGCAGGCUUUCGAUGGAUAUGGAUUUAUACAGAGGUCGUUAAUUUAAAAGUAUUGCCUUAUAGGAGUUAGAUGACGAUGUAUUUCAAGAUUCCUCAUGCCAAGAACCAAGAGAGCACAGUGAAUCCCCAACAGAGCUCAGCGAAUCCAGAACUUCCCCAAAACACAGUUUUACCAGAAACACAUUGAGCAGAUCUUCCUUGGGGAAACUAUUCCGUUCCAGCCAAUCUCGCAGCAAAACCUCCACCCGCCCCCACGCCCACAGAGGCCAAGAAGAACAUACGAAGCGUAAACUUAGUGUCUCCAUCAUUGAUGAUGACGAACAAUUUCAGUUGCAAGAUUUUGUCAAUAAGUUCUGUCGUAGAUAUCGACACGACAGGCCGUUCAUAUACAGUCAUUGUUGUAUGAAUAGGGAUCUUCAGGGAUCACGCGAUGACCUCAGGCCUCGUCCUUUAUCCUCUAUUGAUCCGAAUACCUUACCUGUCCCUUUAUAUCUAUCAACUGAAGCAAUCCUGUCGCUAGUCACCAGUCCUAGUCACUCGCCAAGAGGUAAGCGGUUGUAACCAUGUUUCCCUAGGGUGAAUAAACCAGGAAACAUUGUUUUCUAGCCAUGUUUUCUGAAGGUGAACAAACCAGGAAACAUUGUUUUCUAGCCAUGUUUCCUGAAGGUGAGCAAACCAGGAAAUAUUGUUUUCUAGCCAUGUUUCCUGAAGGUGGACAAACCUGGAAACAUUGUUUCCUAGCCAUGUUUCCUGAAGGUGGACAAACCAGGAAACAUUGUUUCCUAGCCAUGCUUCCUGAAGGUGGACAAACCAGGAAACAUUGUUUUCUAGCCAUGUUUCCUGAAGGUGGACAAACUAGGAAAUAUUGUUUCCUAGCCAUGUUUCCAGAAGGUGAGCAAACCAGGAAAUAUUGUUUUCUAGCCAUGUUUCCUGAAGGUGGACAAACCUGGAAACAUUGUUUUCUAGCCACGUUUUCUGAAGGUGGACAAACCUGGAAACAUUGUUUUCUAGCCAUGUUUCCUGAAGGUGGACAAACCAUGAAACAUUGUUUCCUAGCCAUGUUUCCAGAAGGUGGGCAAACCAGGAAAUAUUGUUUUCUAGCCAUGUGUUCUGAAGGUGGACAAACCAGGAAACAUUGUUUUCUAGCCAUGUUUCCUGAAGGUGGACAAACUAGGAAAUAUUGUUUCCUAGCCAUGUUUCCUGAAGGUGGACAAACCAGGAAAUAUUGUUUCCUAGCCAUGUUUCCAGAAGGUGAGCAAACCAGGAAAUAUUGUUUUCUAGCCAUGUUUUCUGAAGGUGGACAAACCAGGAAACAUUGUUUCCUAGCCAUGUUUCCUGAAGGUGGACAAACCAGGAAACAUUGUUUCCUAGCCAUGUUUCCAGAAGGUGAACAAACCAAGAAACACAUUUGUUUCGUAGCCAUGUUUCCUGAAGGUGGACAAAUUAGGAAACAUUGUUUCCUAGCCAUGUUUCCUGAAGGUGGACAAACCUGGAAACACUGUUUUCUAGCAAUGUUUCCUGAAGGUGGACAAACUAGGAAAUAUUGUUUCCUAGCCAUGUUUCCUGAAGGUGGACAAACCUGGAAACAUUGUUUUCUAGCAAUGGACAAACCAGGAAAUAUUGUUUCCUAGCCAUGUUUCCUGAAGGUGGACAAACCAAGAAACAUUGUUUCGUGGCCAAAAUUUUCAAAUGUUCUGCAACGAUCUUUUCUGGUUUGCCCAGGGCGUUUAAUUAUAGAUUUUGGCUUUUCAUACAUACGCAUAACAUACAGUAUAUUUAUAAUACCCUGUAUCCAUACAAUUGAUCAUAAUCAUAUCUUUUAAAUCAAGGUUUUAUCAACGUUGCCAGUCACUGGAUAUGAAGCCGCACGCAAAGAAUGCCGAAAACGACGCAGCGUAAAUGUAACUAUUCUAUUAUAAUAAAUUGUACAUAAAUAUUUUAAAUUAUAGUUUGUAGAGUGCACUUUGUCUUUGUGAAUGACAUUCACUUAAUGUAUAUGCAUAUAAGUCUUUUCUUAAAAAAUAAAAAUUUUGUAAUGACUUUCAGACUUUGUGUAUUUUGAAGAAUGAAGACCGAACUUUCCUAUACGCUGACAAGCAUCUGUUACGCGCAAAUUUAUUCGUCUGUUAUCUGUUAUAUGGUGUUUUCAGUGACGUCGCUUAAUCGCUGUUGUUAAAAUUUAAUCACAUACUAAUAACAAACUUGAAAACA